AUGAGUUCGAACGAUUCAACACAAACAAUUCAGGGCAUGGGACAAGACUAUAAUACAAAUUCUCUCACUCAAAUGGCUGCAGUUAAAUUAUCUGAUGCCUAUAUUCGACAAGGAAUCGAUGCACUUGAGAUUGAAAGCUCACCACUUGUCAUUAUGGCCGAUUAUGGCUCAUCUCAUGGCUCCAAUUCAAUGUAUGUCAUGCAGUUCAUCAUUCAAACAUUGAAAGAAGUCAAAAAACUCGAUGAGGAUAAACAACAAAUCCUUGUCGUCCAUAACGAUUUACCAACUAAUAAUUGGACAUCUCUAUUCGAUAUUCUCACUAAAAACAGAUCAUAUCACGGAGUGGCUAGUGGUCGUUCGUUUUAUCAACAAUGUUUGCCAAAUAAUUCACUUGCUAUCGGCUAUAGUUCGACUUCAUUACAUUGGCUAUCACAUAAACCGUGCAAUUUAUCUGAUCAAUGUCUGGUUCAUUGUUCCCGAAACGAUGACGAAAUAAACGCGUUCAAACGUCAAGCUGCUCUUGACUAUGCUCAUUUUCUUGAAUAUCGCUCCCGUGAAUUGGUACACGGCGGUAUUUUAAUUUUGGUAAUCCUCGAAGAUAAUGGCAAAGAUACUCGCGAUCAUGGUGACCUGCUAUACAGAUGUGCUCGAGCAGUCUUGUCACCUCAAGAACUACUCGAUUAUACACUUCCAAUAUAUUGUCGCUCUUAUUCCGAAUGUGUAGAUCAUGAUCUUUUUGCAAAAUUUGAUCUUGAAUUGAUCAAAUCAGACACUGUUAAUGUAAAAUCAACUCUGGGAGAGCAGUUACGAAACGGUGAGAUAACACUUGACUAUUUGGCUCGCGUUCAAACCAUAGCCGUACGUGUUGCUCUUGAAUAUCCACUUAAACAAGCACUGAUGACUAACGGACAACGAUCAGCAGAAGAGAUUGACAAGAUAUUGGAUCAAUAUUGGGACUUACAUGAGAAAGGAAUGAAAGAAAAGCUGGAUGAUUUCGGUGCUGAUAUGAUGGUUAUCAUUUUAGUUUUGAAAAAGAUAAAGAAAUAA